AUGCAUAUAUCAUCCAUAAUUAUUUAUUUCAUAGUAAAUAAUAUGAGAGCAACGAUGAUCGAUUAUUCUACUCGUCUUUGGCUGAUAUUGGCCAUAUUGAUUAUUAAUGACAAAUUUAUGCAAACCGAACAAAUUUUGGGCAUUAUUUCUGUUCCCAAUGCAGACUGGAACAGUCCAUCACUUUCUGAUGAAAUCGACGUUGGCAUUUCAUCAGGAUAUGUGAAAGCUUCAAAUUUAAUAUUGGGCAGCAUAGACGAAAAGUUCGAUCCGUGUGUUGAUUUUUUCAAAUUCGCCUGCGGCAAAUGGAUUGAACAUAAUCCUAUACCUGAUGAUAUGGUUCAUUAUGGGAUUUUGACGCUAAUUCGUGAACGAGUUAGUAGUGAAAUGAAAGCCUUAAACAAGGAACUGAGUGGGUCAGGACCCACUGUUUCUGAUAUUUUCCUAAUGUUUGAUAGUGCACGACGAGAAAUUUUUGGAAUCAUUUGUGGGUAG